GCAGGGUCAUUGGGAUAUGUUGUUCUAAACCGCAGUACCAAUCUCUUUGAGAGAAACUAGUCCCUCUGGAAUGUGAGCGUCCGCUUCCAAACAACUGCAGAAACUCGUUUUUUUUCCGUCCAGAUAAAAAAGAAAAGUCACUGUAUUGACACAAAUGUAGGCUUCCCCUAUGGCGUUUGUAAGAGAAUAUGUUGUUAUUUUGUGUGAUAAACUGUUGCAGAUGGUACUGAAUCAGUAGAAACUAGGAAAACAGUGAGAACGGGGAGGUUGGGAUUUUUUUUCUCCUGUUGCAGAAGGAUACGUAUCAAGAUCGAGUGUGUUGUUGCGCGUAGGUUGCAGGAUGAGCGAUUGCAAUCGCAGCACCGCCGAAGCAGCAGCAGCAGCACCAACACCAGCACCAGCUGCUGCAGCAGUAGUAGAAUGGAAGCGAGAAUAAUGAGACUGUCAUUGUAGCCAUUUCAAUCCCAACAACGUAACAAAUUCCCAAGAAGAAACAAAACACAGCGAUGAGAGCUCUGCGCUGAACAACAGCGACGGAGGGUAAAGCGAAAGUGUGAAAGAUGGGCGCCGUUCUACGGAGCCUGCUGUUGUGUAGUUUUUGUUCUUUAAUAAGAGGGACGCCAUUGUUACUUUAUGCAAAUCGCAGAGACCUGCGAUUGGUUGAUGCUGCCAGCGGGAAAGGAAACGCCACUGUGGUGGUUGGUGGCUUAGAGGAUGCAGCAGCGGUGGACUUCAUCUAUUCAAUGGGUUUAAUAUACUGGAGUGAUGUGAGCGAAGAAUCCAUUAAAAGAAUAGUGUUUAAUCAAACUGCAAGUUUACAGAACGUUGUGGUGUCGGGGCUGGUAUCGCCUGACGGGCUCGCUUGCGACUGGUUGGGAAAGAAGUUAUACUGGACCGACUCGGAAACCAAUCGGAUUGAGGUUUCGAAUCUAGAUGGAUCUUUGCGGAAAGUUUUAUUUUGGCAAGAUAUGGAUCAGCCACGAGCAAUUACUUUGGAUCCAGCACGAGGGUACAUGUAUUGGACUGAUUGGGGAGAAGUACCAAAAAUUGAAAGAGCUGGCAUGGAUGGUACGAGCCGAUCAAUAGUAAUUGACAGCAAUAUUUACUGGCCAAACGGGCUGACGUUGGACUACGCUGAACAGAAACUGUACUGGGCCGAUGCCAAGUUUAAUUUCAUUCACAGGUCGAGCCUUGAUGGGAAAGCCAGGGAACCGGUGGUAGAAGGCUCUCUCCCGCAUCCCUUUGCAUUGACCCUGUAUGACGAAACGCUGUACUGGACAGACUGGAACACGCACUCAAUCCACUCCUGCAACAAGAUCACAGGAGACAAGCGACAAGAAGUUCACACCAAUAUCUUCUCCCCUAUGGAUAUUCAUGUCUUCAGCCAGAAAAGACAGCCCGAAUCUCUGAGUCCCUGUGGAAGUAAUAAUGGUGGCUGCUCCCACUUGUGUCUGAUGUCGCCGAUGAAGCCUUUUUAUCAGUGUGCCUGUCCAACCGGGGUGCGGCUGCUGGAGGACGGAAAGACCUGCAAAGACGGAGCCACAGAGCUGUUGCUUCUUGCUCGCCGCACAGACUUGAGACGGAUAUCCCUCGACACCCCAGAUUUCACUGACAUUGUUCUAAAACUGGACGACAUACGCCAUGCCAUAGCCAUUGACUACGACCCUGUGGAUGGGCACAUAUACUGGACUGACGACGAGGUGCGAGCCAUUCGCAGGUCCUAUCUGGAUGGUUCUGAGAGUCAGUUUGUGGUCACGUCUCAAGUGAGCCACCCAGACGGCAUCGCUGUAGAUUGGAUUGCCAGGAACCUUUAUUGGACCGAUACUGGAACAGACCGCAUCGAAGUGACGAGACUUAACGGGACCAUGCGCAAGAUCCUCAUUUCAGAGGACCUUGACGAGCCAAGAGCAAUAGUACUGGAUCCUAUGUCUGGGUAUAUGUAUUGGACAGACUGGGGAGAGAUUCCUAAGAUCGAGCGUGCUGCAUUAGAUGGCACCGACAGACUAAUUCUGGUUAACACUUCACUAGGCUGGCCGAAUGGACUGGCGCUGGACUACGUUGAGAAUAAGAUCUAUUGGGGAGAUGCCAAGACUGACAAAAUCGAGGUUAUGAACACAGAUGGAUCUGGUCGGAAAGUUCUGGUGGACGAUAAACUGCCGCACAUUUUUGGGUUCACAUUACUGGGGGAUUAUAUCUACUGGACGGACUGGCAGCGGCGUAGCAUUGAGCGAGUGCACAAGCGCUCUGCUGAGCGUGAGAUCAUCAUCGACCAGCUGCCUGACCUCAUGGGUCUGAAGGCCACUAAUGUUCAUAAGAUUAUAGGUACAAACCCCUGCGCAGACAACAAUGGGGGCUGCAGUCACCUCUGCCUGUACAAGCCCCAGGGUGUGCAGUGCGCCUGCCCCAUUGGCCUGGAGCUGAUCAGCGACAUGACCACUUGCAUUGUCCCUGAAGCCUUCCUCCUCUUCUCCCGCCGGGCUGACAUCCGGCGCAUUUCCCUGGAAACCAACAACAACAACGUGGCUAUUCCCCUGACUGGCGUGAAGGAGGCUUCUGCCCUGGACUUCGACGUGACUGACAACCGCAUCUACUGGACAGACAUUACCCUGAAGACCAUAAGCCGGGCAUUCAUGAAUGGCAGUGCCCUUGAACAUGUUGUUGAGUUUGGGCUGGAUUACCCAGAAGGCAUGGCGGUAGACUGGUUGGGCAAGAACCUGUACUGGGCAGACACUGGCACCAACCGGAUAGAGGUAGCCAAGUUGGAUGGGCAGCACCGGCAAGUUCUGGUAUGGAAAGAUCUGGACAGUCCAAGAGCACUGGCUUUGGACCCUGCUGAAGGGUUUAUGUACUGGACAGAGUGGGGUGGAAAGCCAAAAAUUGACCGCGCUGCCAUGGACGGGACGGGGCGCAUCACUAUUGUGCCCAACGUGGGCCGCGCAAACGGCCUCACCAUUGACUAUGCUGAACGAAGACUUUACUGGACAGACCUCGAUACCACGUUGAUCGAAUCCUCCAAUAUGCUAGGUCUGGAGCGUGAAGUCAUUGCAGAUGACUUGCCCCACCCAUUUGGCCUGACUCAGUACCAGGAUUACAUUUACUGGACAGACUGGAGCCGGCGCAGCAUCGAGAGAGCCAACAAGACCAGUGGCCAAAACCGCACCAUCAUUCAGGGCCAUUUGGAUUAUGUUAUGGACAUCCUGGUCUUUCACUCCUCAAGACAAGGGGGCUGGAACGCAUGUGCUUCCACCAACGGGCACUGUUCCCAUCUCUGCCUGGCCGUGCCCAUCAGUGGUUAUAUCUGUGGAUGUCCUGCCCACUACUCCCUCAACUCUGACAACAAGACCUGCAGUGCUCCCACCUCCUUCCUGCUGUUCAGUCAGAAGACAGCAAUCAACCGUAUGGUGAUCGAUGAGCAGCAGAGUCCUGACAUCAUCCUGCCCAUCCACAACCUGCGCAACGUCCGAGCCAUUGACUACGACCCCCUGGACAAACAGCUGUACUGGAUUGACUCCCGGCAGAACGCCCUCAGAAGAGCGCAAGAAGAUGGCAACCAGAGUUUUACUGUGGUGGCCAGCCCAGUGCCCAAUCAGAACCUAGAAAUGCAGCCAUACGACCUGAGCAUCGACAUCUACAGCCGUUUCAUCUACUGGACCUGCGAGGCCACCAACGUCAUCAACGUCACCCGCAUAGACGGCAGACCGGUGGGCAUUGUCAUCCGAGGAGAGCACGACAAGCCCAGAGCCAUUGUGGUCCAUCCUGAGAGAGGGUACAUGUACUUUACUAACCUGCAAGAGAGGUCUCCCAAGAUUGAGCGAGCAGCAUUGGAUGGGACAGAGAGGGAACUACUGUUCUUCAGAGGCCUCGGGAAACCCAUUGCCCUCGCUAUCGACAACGAAAUGGGCAAACUGUUCUGGGUGGACUCUGACCUGCGGCGCAUUGAAAGCAGCGACCUGGCGGGUGCCAACCGGAUUGUAAUUGAAGACUCAAACAUCUUGCAGCCGGUUGGGCUGACUGUGUUUGGAAACUACCUGUAUUGGAUCGACAAGCAGCAGCAAAUGAUUGAGAGAAUUGAUAAAACCACACGGGAGGGACGCACCAAGAUUCAAGCUCGCAUCGCCUCGCUGAGUGACAUCCAUGCAGUGAGCGAACUCGACAUGAGGGAGUACAGGAAGCAUCCUUGCACUCAAGACAAUGGUGGCUGUUCACAUAUUUGCAUUAUUAAAGGGGAUGGUACCACCCGCUGCUCCUGCCCUGUUCACCUUGUACUGCUGCAGGAUGAACUCUCCUGUGGAGAACCUCCGACCUGUUCCCCGGACCAGUUCUCUUGCUUGAGUGGUGAGGUGGACUGCAUCCCACGAGCAUGGCGCUGCGAUGGGUACCCGGAGUGUGGCGAUAAAAGUGACGAGGAGAGCUGUCCAGUCUGCUCCGACAGCCAGUUCCAGUGCGACAGCCGACAGUGCAUCGACAUGACCCUGCGCUGCAACGGGGAGGCGAAUUGCCAGGACAAGUCAGACGAGAAGAAGUGCGAAGUUAAUUGUCCAGUUGACCAGUUCAGCUGUGCAAACGGGCAGUGUAUAGGCAAGCACAAGAAAUGUGACCAUAACACUGACUGCAACGAUAACUCCGAUGAACUGGGCUGCUACCCCACAGAGGAGCCAUCUCCUCAGCCAACAAACACCAUUGGGUCCAUCAUCGGAGUGAUUCUGGCCCUGUUCGUCGUUGGUGCCAUGUACUUCGUGUGUCAGCGUGUUCUGUGUCCGCGCAUGAAGGGUGAUGGAGAAACGAUGACCAAUGACUUUGUGGUCCACGGCCCCUCUUCUGUUCCACUGGGAUACGUUCCACACCCAAACUCCCUCUCCGGGUCUCUACCAGGAAUGUCUCGAGGGAAAUCUGUCAUUAGCUCAUUAAGCAUCAUGGGUGGGAGCAGCGGACCACCCUACGACAGAGCCCACGUUACCGGGGCCUCCUCCAGCAGCUCUUCAAGUACCAAAGGCACUUACUUCCCUCCGAUUUUAAACCCCCCUCCUUCCCCAGCCACUGAGCGUUCCCAUUACACCAUGGAGUUUGAUUACUCAUCAAACAGCCCUUCUACACACAGGUCAUACAGCUUCCGACCUUACAAUUACCGCCACUUCGCUCCCCCCACCACCCCGUGCAGCACGGAUGUUUGCGACAGCGACUACACCCCCAGCAGAAGGAUCACGACAGCUGUGAUAAAGGGCUACACCAGCGACCUGAACUAUGACUCUGAGCCCUUCCCACCCCCACCCACACCACGUAGCCAGUACCUGUCUGCGGAGGAGAACUACGAGAGCUGCCCCCCAUCCCCCUUCACGGAGCGCAGCUACUCCCACCACCUCUAUCCUCCACCUCCCUCCCCCUGCACAGACUCUUCGUGAGCUGAGCCUUGAGCCCUCCCUCCCUCCUCCCCUCUCUUUCCAAGCCACACUGUAAAUACAAAUUGUGCAUAUUAAGAGAAAAGACAGACUUACGGGUGAAGGAGAGCGGGGGCAGGGUUUGUACAGUAUAAAAAAAUAUAUAAUAAAGGGGAAGGGGGAAAGCUAGAGAUAUGUACAGAAGAGAAAUAAUAUUUAUAUAUUUUCUAAUACAGCACCUGAUGGUUGUGCCAUAGAAGUUUGUAUAAAGAGAGAUGUUUUACAAAACCGUUUUUUUUUUUUUCCUUUUCUUUCAAUGUCGCAAACGGAAUACAAUAUCGCCUUAAUCCUGGGGAACGAACUACCUUCCUUUAAGAGGCAGAAGGACAAAGAAUACAUUUCACUGUUUGAAGUAAAAUUAUCUGAUGCCAAAAAACUUUUUAUUUUUUUUUUUUUUCUAUUCAUGGUAGCAGUUGGUGGACCUGGGUCAGAGCAGGAAUAAUAUCUUAAGGGCUUUUAGUACCGGUCACAGAUUACAAACCGUGUUUUCAUGACCAGAGGUGAUUUGUCACAACUUGCCCUUCAACAUCUUGCUGCCUGCUUCAAUAACACAGUUACGUAUGUUUAAAGUUACAGGUCCUUUUUCGUAAAUAUGAAUAGGAUUUUACCAGAUGGUACUUUUGUUUUUGUAUUGAUGUUCAUAUCACAUUCACAGAAGAUAGAAGAUAUUUGCUAUGUGGAGCAGGUUAGCUUGAACAAUAAUACCAGCUCAUUUAAUGCCAGCUGCUAUUCUGGACCAGAAGAUAUCAAUGUCAACGUGGAAUUGCUGCUCGACAGAACUUUAGAGAACAGCAAGUUGAGAGGAAAAUGGAAACAAGCAGAGGUUCAGUCUUCAAAUGACAUAUUUACAUUCAGAAGCAAGUAACCAAAAGUUUUAUAUCAGCAUAAACUUAUUAAGGACUACCCUUUUGUACUGAAAAAAAAAAAAACUCGGCUCAAAGCACAAGACUUAUUUUACAUGUAACCAAGGACAAGUGAUUGUGCCUGAUCUGUUUUUAAUCGGAAAUCCCGUGCCCGCAAAUGUUUUCAAUAUUUUUAUACCACAUAGUGUAGAUAACGUAUUUAUAAGCUAUAAAAAAAAAAUUGUAUUGUUAGUUUCCUGUAAAUCUAUCCAUUAUAUCCUUGCAGUACUUUCCUCAUAACUUCUUACAGUAUAUCCCUCAUUUUAUUUUUCUAUAAAAGUGUUAGCCUGAAAGUUUGGAGACAAUCUAAGAACAAUUAAAGAGAAGAAAAAAAGAUAUCCAGGUAUCCCUAUAUGUCUUGUCCUGUAAAAGUACCACUUCUAUAUUUCUUUAGAAAUCUAUUUUUAUACAAGUAUGCUCAAAUAUACAGUACCAGUUCCAUUAUGUGCCAUAGAUUAAAUAGUGACAGGAAAGGUAUUCAUGCAGUUCUGAGGUUGUAGCAUGGCUUAGGAAAUGGAGGUGUGGUCUGACAAAUGUACCUGCCUGAACUAUGUGUGGUGAAAACGCAUUUUAAUGAAGAUUUGAAAGAAACAUGUCAAGGUGAUAAAAUAGUAUUUAUACUUUCACAGUAACUACUAGUUUAAUGGCAGAGUUGAUUCUUUGUUUUUAUCUACUGCCUACACAACUGAGCCACAUUUUGUAAUAGAUAGACUGAAAUCUUGUAUAGUUGUCUUGUUUCAAAUUGAAAACUAACAACAUAGAAAGAAACAGCUGGGUCAUUUGUAGAAAUGGCAAGCAAUAGAAGUGAACCAAGACACAACCAUCAUAAUGCAGGAUUCCCAUGCUGUUUUGUAACCCCCCCCCCAUAUUAGUUGAAGGUGUGCUCAGUCAUGAAGUCUGAUUUUAGCUUAAUAGCCACACUUGGUUUGGAGCUUUUAGAAAACUGCAGGUGGAGUGCCACAUGGAGUUCAGGGGAAGCCCUGUCUUGAGUUGGCACAGAGUUCUUUCAAUGGAACUCCUGCACACACACCCUGCCAUCAGUCUUUCAAAAAAUGUGCUCAUCCGUCAAACUUUCUUCGUCAGAUGCUGGCAUGUCUAUUUUAGUUUUAGCAGAUUUGAAGCUGAACUUUUCUAUUUAAAACUUGCACUUUUUGAUUUAAAUUAUUUAUUUAAGUCUGUUUUUCUUUACUGUGUUUGAUGCCAAUAUUCUAUGUUUAUAUUAUUGGACAGAUCUGCUUUUUUUUUUUUUUUUUUUUUUAAAUCUGUGUCAUCUGUUAGAUUUGAGCACGUUAACCUGACCAUUUAAAAUAAGAACAUUUACUUUAAAUGUAAUUCUUUAAAGCUGUGCUUCUUGGUAGUCUCUUCAGCAUGUAGGUUUGCAAUAGAUAUGUGAAAUGUGACUUUAAAUUACCUGCUUAUUUUAGUUUUCAUAUUCCAGCUACACAGGCUUGCACUGAUCAUUAAAGAUUACGAUUUGGCUAGAGCACUGUAAAGAAUUGAGAAACUAGGAAACACAAACUUCUGUAUAUAGUCACCUGGAAGUAACUUUUAUACAAAUGUAACCAUGUUGUUGACCUACACAAUACAGUAAAGAUAGGGGAAUUGGCCACUGAGUUUACCUUUUUUAUUAUUUUUAUUUUAUUAAUACUGUCCUGGAGCUGGAUCAAUACUUUUUAGUUGUGCCUAUACUGUAUCAUUGUUGCUGUGUAAUAUUCACUACAGCAGCGUGUUGUUUAAGUAUCGUGUUUCCACUUCUCUGUUUUGAAAGUAACUUUAUACUGUAUACAAUUAAAAGGUGUGUUGAAUAAAUAUUUUUUAGAAUUAAGUAUUUUACUGUACAUAUGCUACAGUGCUACAUGAAUUAAAUUGGACAGACACACGCACACUGAGAAGCACCCAAAAGUGGGUGUUCAUUUUUUUCAGUACUCAAGUUUUUUUUUUUCUUUAUCUCAGCAUACAUCAUCCAAAAUCUUAUAGGCUGUGCCAUAUCCUAUCGGAGAAAACCAAGCUGGUCAUCUUAAACAUUCCCUGUCUGUAAAAAGGGCCUUGUCAGUUUCACUGAAGCAAAAUGUGCAAUCUUAUUAGCAUUCCUCUUGUUUCUUGGCACAUUUGUGAAAGGAAUCACUACAUUGAAUGCUUCAGCAAGUAUGUGUGCUGAACAUCAAGUCGCUCUUUAAAAUUCAUUUGCUUUGUGGUGUGCUUCAUCAACCAUAUAAGCAUACAUGGGUAGGAAGACUGACCGUGUGUGAUUCAGAAAGUCCCAGGGGGUGUAUUUCAAGAUGCUCAUCGGCACUUAGAACUGGUGUCACAAAACCUUUUUAGCACUAAACUUGGACUACCUAACAUUUGGUAGUUUGAUAUUGGUGCUUAUCAGGGACUGUGAAACCUGCUGGUUUCCAUCUUGUCUGAGUCUGCACUCAGUAGUGAACAAGUUAUGUGAAUGACUGCUAUUUUCUGCUGUGCUUUUGUUUUUACUACUAUAUUCUGGAUUUUCAAUAUGUAGUUAUACUAACCAAUCAUCUGGUUCCAAUGGAAUCAGUUGUAUUUAACCCUUUGACGUUAUAAUAUGUUAUCAUGUGGACCCAAUAUUGAUAAAGGGGUUUAAAAAGGAAGUGCUGGAACGAUUUUAAAGACAUUUAUUCAUGGGGUGGGCUCUUUUUAUAACUGUUUGUUUAAAGCUCAUCUAACAAGGAAUUCACUUUAACCUUUAACCCAAAAGCUAAUAUUUUAAAGUUACAAAAUGGGGCACAUUUGUUUUUAUUUUAUUUUGAAACCUGUGUAGAAUAUGACUAGUAGAAAAGCUUAUGAGUUUCACAGCAAGGGAAAAUGCCAUCUUGCCUGGCAAAGAAAGGACUUGGUGAUCCAUCCGCAAAUUCUCAGCAUGCUGUUAGGAAUGUUUGCUGGUUGCCAUGCUGACAUCUGUAUAAGUAGUUGGGUUUCUUAAUGGACAGAUUUGAAAUUCCAAUUUAUGAAUUUAUUUUUGUUGCUUUUCUCUCAAUUUACAUUUUAAAAAUUGCUAUAGAAAUCAUUUUUAUAUGAAUUCUUAAACCGCACUGCUGGUGCUACGUGUUUUGACCUGUGUCAUAUUAGUUUAGGUACUGUUCUGAAAGCACACAUUUCUAUGGCACUGUUUCUUUCUGACCAGUCAAAUUUAAAACCUUCACCUAAGUUUCUGAGCUGCUAAGGGCUUGUGAGCAUUCACAGAGCUAUCUUGUUUUUUUUGUGGUACACAAGUCGCAUUUCACAUCUAUUGCAAAGCUUAUCUACAGAAAAUGGUUUGUUCAGUUGUAAUUGAUUACACAAAACCUAUACAAUUGCAAGAAAUUCACUGAUGAGGACAUUUAGCCAGCAUUUUACUAUUCUAUAAAAGUUCCAGAAAGUUUACAUGCUUGAAUAAUGUUGAAUGUAACAAAACGGCCAACUGACUAGAAUACUGUACGUUUAUAUUAACUGUACAUGUUUUCAUUUUAGAUCCCUACUUUUCCUUGAGUAGCAACAUACAAGGUAAGAACAUGAGAAUAAUAUAGGUUUCUCCCGUAUGGUGAGUCAGAUGGAAACAAUACCGUAGAAAAGUUUGGAUGUAUAAAAAGUGACCAGUACAUCUUGCCCAGAGCAGCUGCUUUCUCUGCUCUGCCACUAAUUAGCCAAAAAGAGCCUAGUCUGAUUUACAACCAUUAGGACAGAGGGUUCAAAUUGGUUAACUGCUUUGUGAUUCUAACAAAAGGAGUUCCCAGUAGACACUGGCCAUUUAACAGUACAAUCCACAUUCAGAAUCCCUCCCUGAAAUAAGAAGUGUUAUUGGACAAGCAUAUAUAAUCAUAAAAAUAUUUCUAUACAUGAAACAUUAACCUACCUAUAGUGAAAGCAUAAAACUGUAGUAUACGUACCAGCUGCAAGAAUACAAGCCUGGCUGCCUCGGAUACUGCUGACUGAUAAUUGUCUUUGAAUCUUACCUUUUUUAAUGCUCAGGAGUUUUUUUUGAAGUAGGAACAAACUAACUGGCAUGCUGUUGAUGUUGAUGUGGUUGUCUUAUGUCUACAUGUACUGUAUUGGAAUGCCUUCAUUAGAAACCUUGCCAUUGACAGUUUGUCUGAAGUUAAGCUUAACUGCAAUAUUGGAUUGAGUCUGUAAAUACUCCUGACUUUUCUGAGUAUGUGUGACCUUAGCUUGUGUAUUUCAAGUAUUUACUUAUUUCCAUAUUCCUGUGUUAUUUUUUUUGUUUGACAGAAUAUUUGCAUAGAAUAUUUUAACUCUGCUGUGGAAGAACCACUCUGCCACGUUGCGUAUGAGUACCCCACUUUUAAUUGCUGAAAAUCCUGAAGUUCAUUAUUAAAAGCACUUUUGGCUUUUUGCAAUUGCAAAGCUUUAGAAAGGUCUGAGAAGAGGGGUGUGUUGCUUUAAAAGCUGCAAAGUAUGUCUUGGUUUUUUAUUUUUAUUUUUAUUUUUUUUCUCUCAUCCAUUUUGGUACCACGGUGCUUUUUUAGGAUGUACAUUGAAGAUGACCAACAUUUGGUUAGGCCUAUCCGUUUUGUUUUCACUAACACACUCCACUUUUUUGUGAAUUAAAAAGUGCUUUACAUGUAAGCUGUGUAUAAACAGACUUGUACAAAGCCUGUUCCAUAAGUUCUAUAAGCAGUUGUAACAAAUGAAAUGUUGUGUUUUGUUUUUUUUUAUAAUAAAACAGUGAAAAAAAAAAUCUUGUUGGCUGUGUAAGUAUCGCUGUGGGUGUAGCGGGUGUAUGUUAUUGUAAACCUGCUGCUAAUAUUGUAUUUCAGAUGCCAGUCUUAUUUUCAGUGUUCUAGAACUCAUCGGGCAAAAUGUAACAAUACACUUCACUUUGAGACUUAAUAUUGAGGUCAUGAGACCUUUUGGGUUUUUGGGUGAUUCAAGACCUAACUUCAGAUAUUGGCUUUAUACUUUUUGUACAACUGAAUUAUAUUAUUAUUGAGACUGUGUUUUAAAUGAUUCAAUAUUUUGUGCAGGAUACAAAAGCACAUGCUAAGCACAUGUUCCUUGAAAGGCAAACCGCAGGUACUUCCUGUGCGCUGGUUUUAUGGGAUGUGGAAAUAGGCGUUUUUGAGAUCCAUCGUGGUGAACCAGACGCCUGGCCUGAUUUGACUGCAACAGUUGUUGCAUUUUCAACAUUUUGAACCACCUUCAGCUCAGAUACAGGUUGACCUGUCUGAGGUCAAGGAUCGGUCUGAGGCCACCAUCCCACUUGGGCACUAGGAAGUACCUGGAGUAGAACCCUUUCUCCAACUGUGAAGAGGGGGUCUAUCAUGCGAAUAGCCUG